CCUCACGACUACACUCACAUAACAGAUGAGACUCUACUUGGAAAUUACGUUUGCCUGAAUCCGGUAAUUCCAGAUUGAUUCAAGAUUGGUACACGGCUAUAACUGCGGGUACCGGCUACAGUGGUGAACCGUGAUUACAGCAGUUUACUCCAGUAUUAUGAGAAAUAUUGUAAUUACACUCUUUUUAACAGUCAGUUAUAGUAUAUUAGAAACUGGAUAUGGACAGAGAAAAAAGUGUGGUGUGGAAAAAUUUCAAUGUAAAAAUGGAGAAUGCAUAGCAAGUGUAUUGUUAUGUGAUGGACGACCAGACUGCAAAGAUGAAUCUGAUGAAACAUUCGCAGAAUGUACUAAACCAUAUAUCAUAUGUCCUCAUUAUGCAUUUCGAUGUGCAUAUGGUGCUUGCGUAGAUGGAGAUGCAACUUGUAAUGGAGUAAAAGAUUGUAUUGACAAUAGUGACGAAACAUUGUCUAGGUGUAAUAGUUCAAAUAAUGCAUCUACAGUGUGUCUAAAAAAUCAAUUUAAAUGUAAUAACGGGGAGUGCAUCUCUAGAAACAAUUUGUGUGAUGGUAAUGCGGAUUGCACUGAUAGCUCAGAUGAAACAUUUAUUCAAUGUGGAGCGCUUCCCUGUGAACAAUUCUUUUUCCGAUGUCGUUACGGCGCCUGCAUUGACAUUGAUUUAAAAUGUAACGGAGUCAUAAAUUGUGUGGACGGUUCAGACGAAGAUCCUAAAUUAUGUACGACAACGGUACGCCCGACAACACGUCCAGUAACACCUCCUGUAACGUAUCCAGUAACACCACCCACUUCCAAACCAAAAGUAUCUUGUAUAGCACCGGCACAGCCACAAAAUGGUUUCUGGAAAUUGCAUAAAUCACAGUGCUCCACUGGAGAGGAUUGUAAUGUUGAACAAGGCGUUCGAUUCGAUCCAGGAGCAUAUUUAAUAUAUAGUUGCAAUCGCGGUUAUAAAAUUGAAGGCAGGCCUGAUGUUAUUUGUGGCUUAGGGGGUGAAUGGUUAUAUAUUCCUCGGUGUAUAGAGGUACGCUGUAAAAAUCUAAAUUCGGCUGCAGUAUCGGCUGAAUAUUCGUAUUUUGGAUCUAGUGUUGUGUCAUAUGAUUCACCUAAGCCUAAUACAGUAGCAACAUUAAAAUGUCGUAACAGUUAUCGUGAGGACCAAAGAUUUUCAUCGUCUGCAAGCGUUACAUGUAAUGAAAAUGGACAAUGGGAACCAGAACCAAUGAGAUGCCUCGCAGUGUGUGGUGUUGUUCCUGCAAAUGUUAAACCACUUAUAGUAAAUGGAACUCAGGCAAAUAUUACUCAAUUUCCAUGGCAUGCUACACUUUAUAGAGCGCAAACAACAGACGCGCCUAAAGAAUUUAUUUGUGGUGCAACUAUUAUUCAGGAUAGUUUGUUAGUUACUGCAGCUCAUUGUGUUUCUGACGAUUCCUGGAAAUAUUACGUAGCAGCUGGCAAUAUUUUUAGAGAUUAUGACUCUUCCUUCCAUAAUGCAAAGUAUGUGAAGAAAGCCACGGUAGAAGAAGUCCAUAUUUCUUGCGACUAUAAUGGGAUACUUGGGUCUUAUGCAGCAGAUAUAGCUGUAUUAAAGAUCACUGAACCAUUUGUAUUCUCAUCAUUGUUGCAACCAAUAUGUUUAGAUUUUUCUAAUAACAUUUUAUUGGACCCCGAGAUGUAUGGCAGAGUAGCAGGAUUUGGUAGAACUGCUACUGGUUCAAGCAGUUUCGUUUUACAGACACUUACAUUACCAUUUGUUCCUAAAAGAAAAUGUACAGAUGCGAGUGUUACAUAUGAGACCCAAAAUUACAUUACAUACGAUAAGCUCUGUGCAGGUUAUACAAAUGGAUCGUCAGUUUGCGAGGGCGAUAGUGGCGGUGGAUUAAUUUUCCAAUGGGGUUCUUUAUGGUAUUUGAAGGGUAUUGUCAGUGUUAGUCUUGGAACGAGAACAGUAGGAGGAACUAGGCAAUGCGAUAGUACCACGUAUACUUUGUAUACUGCUGUUUCUUUCCAUAUGUCAUGGGUAGAACAGUUUCUCCAUAGUAUGGAGCUACUGAAACCAUUACCUACUUGUAAUGCAAAGCAAUGAAUACUCUAAACGUGUGAUUUAUAAUAUUGAACAUUUAAUGUGAUAAAAACUUCAAAGAGUAAAGCCUUAAUGAACAAAAUACAUCGAAGCCUUAAUGACGAAAAUCAUUUUACAUAGUUUACAUUUUGCAUUAUCACACAUUUUUUUGUACGGUAUACAUUUUAUAUAAUAGAAAUAACAUGCUUCAGUGACAAUAAAUAAUUAUGUUAAUUGUUACGAAAUUAUAUAAAUUAGAUUAAAAUUAAGAGAACUUACACGUGUAAGUAUAUAUUUCUACAAAUUACAAAUAUUGCAUUUA